AAACUUCGAGUUUGACAGGAACACUGGGACUCAUCCUUCUCCAUCAACUUCUCUUCUCCUCUCACGAUGUUUCUUUUCUAAUAUUCUCCUAGACUAGAUUAGAUUAGAUUAGAUUCAGUCAGAUUAGAGAGAUAGAUAGAUUUUUUCUUGUGUUUCUUUCUAAUUAUAAAACACAGAGAGAAAAGGAGAAUGAUUGUUAAACACAGUCUCUCUUUGAUAGCUUUCAGUGUAUGAUCCAUCCGAGCUUUCCUGUUAGGGUUUAGGGUUUACUUGCAAUUCCUUGUAUUGGGAGAUCCUCUGUUCUCAAGAUGGUGUCGUUAUUGAGGCCUAUACUAAUACUCUUCAUCAUCCAUAUUGUGAGCUUCGGUGCUGUUGCAGCUCAUCGUAAUGGAGGAGAAGCGGGAGUGCAGCCACUUUCCAAAAUCGAUAUCCUCAAGACCACCUUACACCUUCACGGUUCCGCUUCUGUUAAGGCAAAUCCCGUCGUUCUUGGCUUGAAGGGGGAAGACACUCAGUGGGUGACUGUGGAAAUUGGAAGCCCUGCACCAUCUGGGGACGAUUGGGUUGGAGUUUUUUCUCCUGCAAACUUCAAUUCAUCGACCUGUUCACCAGGAACCAGCGACCAGAAAGAACAGACUCCAUAUAUAUGCUCUGCCCCAAUAAAGUACAUGUUCGCAAAUUUCUCCAACAAAAAUUAUGUGAAGACAGGAAAAUCUUCUUUGAGUUUUCAAUUGAUCAAUCAGCGAGCAGACUUUUCCUUUGCAUUAUUUUCGGGUGGAUUGUCCAAUCCAAAACUUAUUGCUGUUUCAAAUUUCAUUUCAUUUUCAAAUCCGAAGGCACCUGUUUAUCCACGUCUUGCUCAAGGGAAAUCUUGGGACAAAAUGACAGUAACAUGGACAAGUGGAUACAAUAUAAAUGAGGCUGUUCCUUUUGUUGAGUGGGGCCUGAAAGGAGAACCUCAAGUACGCUCACCAGCUGGAACAUUAACAUUUCAACAAAACAGCAUGUGUGGUUCACCUGCGCGAACUGUUGGAUGGCGUGAUCCUGGUUUCAUACACACAAGUUUUUUGAAGGAUUUAUGGCCAAACUCAGUGUACAAUUACAAGCUUGGUCAUCGGUUGUUAAACGGUUCAUAUGUUUGGAGCAAGCUUUACUCUUUCAAGUCAUCUCCUUAUCCUGGGCAGGAUUCGUUACAGCGUGUGGUCAUAUUUGGUGACAUGGGAAAGGCUGAGCGUGAUGGUUCUAACGAGUAUAGCAACUAUCAGCCAGGCUCUCUUAAUACCACGGACCAGCUCAUCAAAGACUUGAACAAUAUUGACAUAGUUUUCCACAUUGGAGAUAUUACGUAUGCAAAUGGAUACAUCUCACAGUGGGAUCAGUUCACAUCACAGGUUGAACCCAUUGCAUCAACUGUGCCAUACAUGGUUGGAAGCGGCAAUCAUGAACGUGACUGGCCUGGCUCAGGCUCUUUCUAUAACACUCCAGAUUCUGGUGGGGAAUGUGGUGUGUUGGCUGAGACCAUGUUUUAUGUUCCUGCUGAAAAUAGAGCAAAGUUCUGGUAUUCAGUGGACUAUGGUAUGUUUCACUUCUGUAUAGCUGACACUGAACAUGAUUGGAGGGAGGGUUCUGAACAGUACAAGUUCAUUGAAAAAUGCCUUGCAUCAGUGGAUAGGAAAAAGCAGCCUUGGCUAAUUUUUGCUGCUCAUCGUGUGCUUGGCUACUCGUCUAACUACUGGUAUGGAGUGGAAGGCUCAUUUGAAGAGCCCAUGGGAAGGGAGAGCCUUCAGAAGCUUUGGCAGAAGUACAAGGUUGAUAUUGCAUUUUAUGGUCAUGUCCAUAACUAUGAAAGGUCAUGCCCCAUUUACCAGAACCAAUGUGUGAACAAUGAAAAAUCUCAUUACUCUGGAACUGUGAAUGGAACCAUUCAUGUGGUCGUUGGUGGGGGAGGCAGCCACCUAUCAACAUUCAGUCAAGUGAAGACCCAGUGGAGUCUCUACCAAGACUAUGACUUUGGAUUUGUCAAAAUGACUGCAUUCAACCAUUCUUCAUUACUCUUUGAGUACAAAAAAAGUAGUGAUGGAAAUGUCUACGAUUCUUUCACCAUCUCGAGAGAUUACAGGGAUGUCUUGGCCUGUGUUCAUGAUAGUUGUGAACCAACCACCUUGGCCACUUGAAUUGGCUCUCUGUACAAUCUUUCAAGUAAAUUGUAAUUUAGCCAAUGUGGAGAAGUCUUUUUAUUUUUUUUCGUGUAGAAUGUGUGGAGAAGUCCAUUGAUUGUUCAAAUUGGAUUUCACUUAAAUAAUGUUCAAAGUGAACAGACAGUAUAAACUUUGAAGAAUAUGAAAUUUGAAUUAGCUUUCAAGUUAGUACCAUAAACUAUAUCUUGUACUUGCCAUGUAACAUUGCAGCCAUAUAUGCAAUAUCUAAUAAAAGAGUUCAUAUCCCUCUUCCCCA